UCCGAACAAGUCUGAACUGUUCUCCUGCUGCCCCUGAUGUUGCUGCUUGUGUUGAGACCACACCAGGCAAGGCUGUCCCAGUAACCAGGAAAAAAAGGUUUUGCAGUCUUGAUGCUCUUCUGCAGGGAUGCAGGAUAGCAGCUGUUGAGCUCCACAAGUGCUGCAUGAUACUUUGUGACACACAGGAGCCCAGAGCCGUGGUGCACUGCAGACACUGAUCUGGGAGCGCAGGCUGGAUAUGCUACAGGUGGAGAGGCGAGGAGCAGCAGGUUGUAGCGCACUACACGGAGCAAAGGACCACAGGUUGUAAAGAUGAGGCGCUGGAUUUUCACUGUGUCGCUGCUGCUGUCACUCUUGACACACACUGAAGCUCAGGGCAGGUGUAAUAAUGUGCAAGUAGCAGACAUUGUUUUUCUGGUGGAUGGAUCUUCCAGUAUUGGGAAAGCUAACUUCCUGCAGGUGAAGGGUUUUAUAGCCGGAAUCAUCAAACCCUUUGCAAGCUCUGUCAGUGAGAGACGAAUUCGCUUUGGGGCGAUACAGUACAGUGACACCUCCAGGGUAGAGUUCACCUUGACAACUUACCUAAAUGGCACAGAGCUAGUCAAGGCUGUGCAGAAUCUCAACUACAAGGGUGGAAAUACACGCACCGGCGCUGGUCUCAAGUUUGUCGCUGAUAAUUUCUUCAACCCCACAUACAGCCGGGAUGUCCCAAAGAUCACUAUCUUGAUCACGGACGGGAAGUCUCAGGACAGCGUGCAGGAACCAGCGCAGAAGCUGCGCAGUCUUGGGGUGCACAUCUUUGCAGUUGGUAUCAAGAGCGCAGACAGCGAUGAACUGUCUGAGAUUUCCUCCAAGCCUAGCAGCGAUUUCACCUCCUUUGUCGGUGACUUCAAACUGCUCAACACUCUUCUUCCACUUGUGAACCCCCGGGUGUGCUCCAAAGCUGGCGGAGUCUAUGCAAGUGAUGAGGCGUAUUCCAGUCCAGCCAACAUUCAGUUCACAGGCGUGACGUCUGAUUCACUAAGGUUCCGCUGGAAUUCUGCAGGCGGGCCCUUGAGGGGCUAUGUCGUCCAGUAUGUGCCCCUCUCUGGCCAGGGUCAACCUAUCACAGCAGAACUGCGGCAGGAGACACUGUCUGCCAGUCAGAGAAGCUUCACUGCACGAGCUCUAAGGUCGGGAACAGACUACCUAGUGACUGUCAUUGCUCAAUACCCCAACAGUGUCGGAGAAUCAGUUUCCGCUAAUCAACAAACCAGGUCCUUGCCUGGGAUCUCAGGUCUUCAUUUGAUCCAAGCAGGCUUCUUCACUCUCUUUCUGGGCUGGGAUCAGCCUUCAUCUCCUGUCCAGGGAUACCAACUGACCUACGGACCAAGAGGUCAGCCAUCUGGCCAGGUAUUGGUGGAGUCUCUAUCUGCAGAUUCCACAUCUGUCAACCUGGAGUCACUUCAACCUGACACGGAAUACGUCAUUAGUCUCUACCCUCUAUUCCCCCGAAACUCUGCGUCUCCAGCCACUCUCAAUGCCCGCACACUGCGCCUCGAGGCAGUGCAGCAGUUAUCAGUGGAGACUGAGUCAGAGAGCAGCGUUCAUGUGCUGUGGAGAGGCGCCAGCGGUGCGCUGGCCUACCGUCUGGCAUGGGGAUCAGUCACAGGUCAAGAUGUUGAAACUGUAGAGCUCGCAGGAGACAGCGAGACAUACACUUUAUCUCAACUUCAGCCAGACACCGAGUACAUCCUCACUGUGAUUCCACUCUAUCAGGGCAAUGUUGAGGGACCCAGGGAAACAGCCAGAUUCAAGAUAGAGCGCCAGCUGCAACAAGUCCUCAAUGCAGCCAUCACCAGCCCCUCCUCCAUCCGCCUCACCUGGAGAAUCAUUCCCUCGUCUCAGGGGUACCGCCUGGAGUGGCGGGCGGGUGAAGGUGGCCGUCCACAGACCUUGUCUUUACCCAGGAGCACCAGCAAAUACGAGCUUACUGGGCUUCAACCCAACACAGAAUACCUUAUCACCCUGUACACGCUGUUUGAGGGUCGUGAGGAGGCCACACUGAUCUCCACCACAUCCCGAGAAGUGCAGCCAGUGGGGAGGGUGUCCAACCUGAGAGUCUUGGAGUAUUUAGGCAGUACGGUGAGACUUGGCUGGACUGGUGUAUCUGGGGCCACACAGUACCGCAUCAUUAUCCAAAGCCCUGAGGUGGGAUUACAAAAUGUUCAGAUUCUCCCCGGUAAUCAGACGACUCUUGACCUCCGAGACCUGAUUGGGGGAGUUUCCUACGAUGUGAGUGUCACACCACUGGCGGGAGACAAUGAAGGGGAGCCAGUCAGUGUCUUUGUCAGACCAGAGCAAGGCAUUGGCAGAGUGUCAAACCUCAGAGUGGCACAGGCAAACAGCCGGAGAAUUCGAAUAGCCUGGACAGGUGUCAAUGGAGCGACAGGUUACAGGAUUACAUGGAGACAAGGCAAUAGUGGAGAGCUGUCUCGUGAUGUGGGGCCAGAAGCCUCUGUCUUUACGAUAGACGGCCUGCAGCCCGAUGAGGCGCUGGUGUUCGGUGUGGCGGCCAUAGUAAACGGCCGUGUCGGGGAGGCCUUGACGCUGUCCUCUCGGACUAACCCACAUAGUGGGACGGUUUAUGGCCUUCGCGUAGUUGACGUCUCACCUCAUAGGAUACGCCUAGAAUGGUCACCCUCCUUAAGGGCAACUGGCUAUAAGAUCAGAUGGCGCAGUGAUGAUGGAGUGGAAACAACUCGGAAUGUCGCAGCUGAUGUCUCUUCCUUCACCAUCGACAGCCUCCAGUCAGACACUAUUUACAGCGUGUUUGUGUCUGCUCUGAGUGGCUCUCGAGAGGGAAGUCCCGGGUCCCUUAGUGUCAGAACAGAACCCGAUCAGUCGUCUGUCGGCACGGUGACGUCGCUCCAAGUCCAGGAGAACCCAGGGGAGGUUGUCAGAGUGUCUUGGGUUGGCGUACGAGGAGCAACGGCCUAUCGGGUGUCAUGGAAAAGAGCAGAUGGUGGCGAGGAGACAAGUCAGUUGGUGGGUGGGGACGUGACCGUCGUGGAUUUGGAUCGACUGGAUCCCGGAGCCCAGUAUGUGGUGAAGGUCAUGGCUUUAAUUCAGAGCCGUGAAGGAACGCCAGUGUCUGUCCGAGUCACCACGCCUGGUGCAACUUCCCUCCCAACCACAGAAUUAAGAGUAGCAGACGUUACUCAGAAUUCUGUGCGGCUGAGCUGGCAGCCCUUACCAGGGGUCCGAGGGUAUUUUCUGCGCUGGAGAAAGGAAACGGACCGGAGUCCAGGCUUAUCCGUCACACUGCCUGACUCUUCCAGUUCUUACCAGGUGACUGGGCUUCGUCUGGGCCAUCAAUACCGCUUUAGCAUACAGCCCACUUUUGAAAGUGGACUGGGAAGAGAGAGCUUUGCCACUGAACGCACUGUGUGUCUCGGUGGACGUCUGGAUGUGGUCUUUCUCGUGCCCGCAUCUACUGAUCGGACUAACCUUGCCGGACCUUUGCAUGCUCUUCUCACAAGUGCAGUUGGUUCAUUCAACACUAUUGGAGUGCGCGACUCACAGGUGGGGGUUGUUGUGUAUGGUUAUAGACCCAAAAUCUGGUUCCAACUCAAUCGUCACAGCAGAUUAGACACCCUGCUCCAAGAAAUCCAGUCAACACCCUUCGGUGAAAGUCCCGGAAACAACAUUGGCCAGGCAGUGAAUUUCGCCACACAGUAUCUUCUGACCACCUCAGCUGGAAGGAGGCCAAGGGUACCCGGGGUUGUUGUCAUCAUUGCUGACAAAAAAUCUGUGGACAACCUCACACUUGCAGCUUCAAACCUCCGAGCAACAGGUGUGACCGUGUUGGCAGUCGGUGUAGAUCAGGCAAAUACCGAGGAACUGCGGCAAGCAGUGACAGACGGCAGCACACAGAACAUUCUAUAUGUGCGCGAUGCCUCCCAGUUGGACGCGCUACAUACUGGUCUGGCAGACUUGCUUUGCGGUAUUGCCAGAAUACCAGGGGGAAUCCCAGGUCCAGAACCGUGUAGUGUUCAGUGUCCACAGGGAGCGAAAGGAGAUCGUGGAGAGAAGGGUGAGAGAGGCAGAGACGGUGUCGAUGGGCGGCAAGGAGACCCUGGUCGGGAUGGUUUUCCCGGAAGAGAAGGUCCGAGGGGUCCUGAAGGGCGUCCAGGUCUACCAGGGCCUGCCGUCCCUAUUGAACCCUCAUUGGGGGCAAAAGGCGAUAAGGGGGAGAGAGGGUUUCCCGGUAUUGAUGGAAAUCCAGGUCUACCAGGGAGACCAGGUCCCCCGGGAAAUACAGGACUUCCUGGUUCACAGGGUCUACUUGGUGUCAGAGGAAGCCAAGGUGAACCCGGUGUGACAGGGUCACAAGGACCAAAGGGAGAUAGAGGAGAAAGGGGAGAGCCAGGAUCUACAUCGGGAGGAGUUUUUCCAGGGAGGAAGGGAGAACCAGGCAUCCUAGGAAUACCUGGGACCCCCGGUCGGCCAGGCAGCGACGGUGCUAAAGGUACUUCAGGACAACCAGGUAUACCAGGGCAGGAUGGUCGCCCAGGGCUACCAGGAACGCCAGGACUCUCCAUCAAGGGAGACAAGGGCAGCUCUGGAGAGAGGGGACCUCCAGGAGUUGGCAGCGGGGUGGCCAUAGCUGGCGAGAAGGGCUCCCCAGGUUCUCCGGGAGCUCCAGGAGUGCAAGGUCCUAGAGGGCUGUCUGGAUCACAGGGGACGAAAGGGGACAAGGGUGACAGUGCUGUUGGGCUGCCCGGACUAACAGGCAGGCCGGGCGAUCCUGGUGACAGGGGUCCUCGUGGGCCCCCAGGAGAAAUUGGCAGUAAGGGUGAUCGAGGCCAGUCGGGUGAGCCUGGAUCGCAGGGAGACCGGGGAGAAAGAGGACUUGUUGGUGAAACAGGAGAGAGAGGGGACCCAGGAAAGCCAGGAGCCCCAGGACCACCGGGAUUGAGGGGUUCCCCAGGGCCCAGUGGAGCGGCAGGAGAAAAGGGAAGUGAAGGUGCACGAGGCGAACCAGGGCGAAGUGUUCCUGGUCCCAUUGGAAAGAAAGGGGAACAGGGAGAGCCGGGGCUGCCUGGUUUUGAGGGGACCAAAGGAACAAAGGGAGACCCAGGACAGAGAGGGGAGAAAGGAUCUCCGGGGUCAGGCUUGGGCACAAGUGGAGCUAAAGGAGAGCGAGGAGAGGCAGGAACUCCAGGUAUCAGCGGCAGGCCGGGUGCCAAGGGAAACCCGGGUGAACCGGGAGAGAGUGGAGAGGACGGGCGGCCGGGAAUCCCAGGGAAACUUGGUCUUCCUGGGAAACAGGGAGAACGAGGGGAGAAGGGGGAUGAAGGCACCCCUGGGGAAUCAGGACUUCCGGGGAAGCCCGGAGAACGAGGAGUGAGGGGACUCACUGGACAGUCAGGGCGGUCUGGAGAAAAGGGAGACGUCGGAGAGCCAGGGGAGCCAGGGCGAAAUGGCAGCCCUGGACUCACAGGGCCCAGAGGAGAGAAGGGACUACAGGGAAUUCAAGGACCUACAGGGCCACCAGGGAAACUGGCUGACAUUCAGGGCCAGUUGAAAGGCGAGAGAGGGGAGAAGGGCAACACAGGAAAUCCAGGCGCGAACGGCAGCAACGGUCAGAAAGGUGAAGCCGGAAAUCCUGGAGCUGUAGGCCCAAGAGGUCCUGAGGGACAACGUGGGCAUGCAGGCUCCAGAGGUGACAGUGGAGAAAGAGGAACGCCUGGAGAGAAGGGAGAAAGGGGAGCCUCCGGGUUGGAUGGUCGUCCUGGUCUGGAUGGUAAACCAGGUGUUGCCGGUCCACCUGGUCAGAGGGGUGAUCCUGGGAAAUCAGGCGACCCUGGAAGAGAUGGUUUGGCAGGACUUCGAGGUGAACAGGGUCUCCGAGGGACUGGAGGCGCUCCAGGUACUCCAGGGACACCCGGCAAAGCAGGAGAAGACGGCAAACCUGGGCUUCCUGGCAAAAUGGGUGAGGAUGGUUUGCCAGGAGAGGAUGGGCGAAAGGGUGAUAGAGGAGGCGUCGGAGCUACUGGACGAGAUGGCCGUGACGGGCAAAAAGGAGAGCGGGGUCUCACUGGGCCUACAGGCCCUGCUGGCCCCUCGGGAUCUACUGGACUGCCUGGCAGUAUAGGUCCUCCUGGACAGGUUGUGUACGUCAAAGGAUUUGAAGCAGCACCGAUCCCAGGCCCCCAAGGCCCCCCAGGAACACCUGGUGUACCGGGGAUUCCUGGAGCUGUGGGUGCUCGGGGUGAGCGAGGUCCUCCUGGUCUAAAAGGUGAAACUGGGGACCCAGGAGAGGACGGAGCACCUGGCAAACCUGGAACUGCACUGGAUGUACAGAGGGCACUUGCCAAUCUCGGAAUUCAGGUGUCUGACCUGAAGGCGGUUGUGGACGCCAAGAACACCGCCAUGACUUCUCCACUAGUGAGGGCAGAGAGAGGUGAAAAAGGAGACAGAGGUGAAGCCGGUCUGAGAGGAGCAUCUGGUGCAGAUGGGUCACGUGGCUUUCCGGGGGACAGAGGGGCAAAGGGGGAACAAGGCGAGAGAGGUCUGAUAGGAACACCUGGGCCUCCAGGGAGAGCCAUUGGAGAGCUAGGGCCAGUGGGACCUCCAGGACCAGCGGGAGAGCCAGGAAAGCCAGGAAUUCCAGGUGUGCCGGGGCGAGCUGGAGAACUCGGAGAGGCUGGUAGACCAGGGGAGAAGGUCAGGAAGAACACUGUGUAUAAGGACUUUUUUAUUGUACUGAAGGUGAUUCUUCUAAUAUCCCACAUUGUGCUUCAGGGUGACAGAGGAGAGAAGGGAGAUAGAGGUGAUACUGGUAAACUGGGGCUUACGGGGCUGCCUGGUCCAUCGGGUCAAAAGGGCGAAUCUGCUGACUCAGUACUAAUUGGUGCACCUGGCACCAGAGGCCCUCCUGGACUUGUAGGACCUAAAGGAGACUCUGGUGUUCCUGGGCCACCAGGAGCCAAAGGUGACCGGGGAUAUGAAGGACCCCGUGGUGAUAAAGGAGGCAGAGGCGAGUCUGGGGAGAAGGGACAUCAUGGCGCACAGGGAACAGCAGGAGAACCUGGUAAACCUGGUCAGGAUGGUAAACCGGGUCUAAUGGGGCUGGCUGGUCCUCGAGGCCUACCGGGAAACCCAGGAGAACCUGGCAUCAGGGGGUUAACUGGCUCCAUAGGUCCAAAUGGACUUCCUGGUCCACCAGGUGUGAAGGGUAGUCAAGGAGAACCAGGUGUUGGUGUUCAGGGUCCUCCUGGUGCCCAAGGUAGCACAGGACUGCCAGGAAACCCAGGUCCUCCAGGAGCUGUAGGUCCACAGGGGCCUCCAGGCUUGUCAGGGCAGGUGGGAGAAGCAGGAAAACCUGGGGUACCUGGAAGAGACGGAGUGUCUGGAAAAGAUGGAUUACCUGGAUUGCCAGGGAAGCAGGGAAUUGUUGGGCCUCCAGGUCAGCCAGGCUUUAAGGGAGAGCAGGGAGACAGUGGUCCACCAGGGAAGGCUAUGGCAGGACUUCCUGGUGUCAAAGGAGAGAAGGGUGUUCCAGGACAAACUUUGCCAGGAAUUCCAGGUGAGCGAGGCCUACCUGGUGAAAAGGGUGGCCGGGGAGACAGAGGUGUUGCUGGCAUCAGGGGCGAACGAGGCGAGGUUGGUGAAGCGGGACCGACGGGAGAAAACGGGAAGCAAGGUCCACCUGGGCUAAAAGGAGAUAAGGGUGAAAGGGGCAUCGGAAUGUUAGGUCCUGCAGGUAACGUUGGACCGCAGGGUUUAAAGGGAGAUCAAGGUCUUCCUGGUCCAGCUGGUCUUCCGGGGCUGCAGGGUAAGUCCGGGCAUAGUGGGCCUCCUGGUCUGAGAGGAGAAAAUGGGGAACCAGGACGUCCUGGGCCACCGGGAGAGAGGGGUCUCCAAGGAUUUCUGGGCCGGGUGGGAAAUACCGGACCUCCUGGUCCUGUUGGAUCUCCUGGACAAGCUGGUUCUUCUGGUGUAGACGGGGCCAAAGGAGACAAGGGUGAAACUGGACUUGGCGUGACAGGGCCAAGAGGAGAGAGGGGAGAACCAGGAACCAGAGGUGAAGAAGGUCGCCCGGGCUUGGCUGGAGAGAGGGGGCUCACGGGUCCACCAGGGGUGCGUGGUGCUCACGGAGAGAAGGGAGCUAUUGGCCUGCAAGGGGACAAAGGAGAGAAGGGGGACACCAAACUGAUUGGGGGACCUCCUGGAGAAAAGGGCAACAGAGGAGAACAAGGUGACAGAGGGCCCAAAGGUGUGCAAGGAGAAAAAGGAGCAAAGGGUCAAGAGGGACCACCAGGGGAGCAGGGGCUGAGGGGAGAGCCCGGGGAACGAGGAUCCACCGGAUUCCAUGGUGCUCGCGGUCCUGGUGGACAGAAGGGAGAAGCAGGUCAGGCCGGUGAGCCUGGUGAAGCGGGCUUGCCAGGAAAAGACGGACUGCUCGGGCGCAAAGGUGACAAAGGAGAGCUCGGCAUCGUCGGGAUGAGAGGAAUUAAGGGCGACCGGGGAUCCAAGGGGCUUUGUGGAGGCGAUGGACCCAAAGGAGAGAAGGGGGAUAAUGGCUUUCAUGGGCGACCAGGCCUACCAGGAAGAAAAGGAGAUCAGGGGGAUGUCGGCCCCUCUGGAGCCCCAGGGAUCCCAGGAAAAGAGGGCCUAGUCGGUCCCAAGGGGGACCGCGGCUUUGAUGGGGUCGAGGGCGCCAAAGGAACCCAGGGCGACAAAGGCGAAAGGGGGACGCCUGGUGUCCCUGGCCCUCCUGGGUCUAGAGGACCGGAUGGAGCACCUGGACUGACAGGCCCCCAGGGAACGGCUGGUGCGAAAGGCCCUGAAGGGCUCCAGGGACAGAAGGGAGAGAGAGGGCCUGCCGGUCCCGCCAUGGUGGGUCCACGUGGUGUUCCCGGGAUCCCAGGGGAACGUGGCGAGUCGGGGGAGAUGGGCCCAGAUGGAGCCAAGGGAGAAAGAGGAGAGCCAGGCAUGACGGAGACCGAGGUCAGAGAGUAUGUACGCACGGAGAUGAGUCAGCACUGUGCAUGUGGAGGUGAGUGAGCCGUUGGACCGCAGAGGGAAGGAUAGACAGACAGGCUGUGAUUCAGCAUGAGUCAUAUAGCACAUAUGCUGCGGCAGGCUCUGCAUUGAUAGCAGGCGGUGUAGUGUAAUGUGCGCACAUCUGAACUCCUUCAAAUGCAUCUCAACCUUAGGUCCAAAAAGUGAUCGGUGACGACACAACAUUAGUUUAAUAUUUAAACUUUCUUAAAAUAUCAGUUUGGGCCCAUGUAGAGAUUUCAAAUACUCUUAACAGCUAGUGUGAGAGUAAAUCAACUUAAUUACAACAUCCAUCCAUCCUUUUUCUUUACCUCUUAUCCUCAUUAGGUUACAGGUUAGUUGGAGCCUAUGCCAGCUGGCGAGAGGCGGGGUUACACCCUGAACUGGUUGUCAGCCAAUCACAAGGCUAAUUAGAACAUAUUGCAAAUAAAAGAGUAAUAAGUUCUGCACACACAAAAAUGCAGAACAAAAUGUGGUAGAUUACGUGCUAUAAAACCCGAUUUACAGUCCAAUCUUGUAUACUGUAAUUAGAUGAUACGAUACUAAUAAACCGUGGUCGACAUUGUGUGGCCAUUUUAUUUUAUUUUUUUCCAUUAACAGGGUGCCUGAAAUACAUAAAUACAAUGCGAUUAAAAACGAUUUUUAUAACUACUGACUAUAUCGCCCAAGUCUGAUCAAUAUAGUUCACCAAUUGCUUUUAUAUUGAGAUUUUGUGGACACACUAUGUGUUAAAUAAUAUGGUACAUAUGUAAAAAGUAAAAAAAAAAAAAUUUUUUUUAAAGUGCUAUGAGAUAUUCUUUAAUAAUAUGAUGCUUCAUUUUGAUUGACUUGUAAGAGAGGUAUUUAUUUAACAAUAACUUAAUUAUUGUUUCGUGUGUAAGCGUGCAGCAUCAUACUGUAAUAUUCCGUGUUCUCGUGUUGGCAAAAUGAAAGAUGCUAUGUUGUCAAAUAUAAAAUGCAUUCAUAAUUAAUUCAGACAAUAUGUAAAAUUAUCCAUCCAUCCAUCCAUUUUCUGAGCCGCUUCUCCUCACUAGGAGCCUAUCCCAGCUAUCAUCGGGCAGGAGGCGGGGUACACCCUGAACUGGUUGCCAGCCAAUCGCAGGGCACAUAGAAACAAACAACCAUUCGCACUCACAGUCAUGCCUACGGGCAAUUUAGAGUCUCCAAUUAAUGCAUGUUUUUGGGAUGUGGGAGGAAACCGGAGUGCCCGGAGAAAACCCACCCAGGCACGGGGAGAACAUGCAAACUCCAGCCAGGCGGGGCCGGGGAUUGAACCCGGGUCCUCAGAACUCUCUCUCAGCGUCAGGCCCUGUCACUCGCUCCCAGCCCGUGG